AGUUUCUAAAAGGAAGAGGGUAGAAUCCAUAUACCCAGCAUAGUUUCUGCCCAUUGUUGUCUGGAGGUGUGCAAGUACGUGUGUUCAGUGUGUGCUUCUCCUCCUGGGUGCAGUAACCAUGUGGACUAUAGUUAAGCAAGGGGUGCUGUGAAACUAGCUAUGGUAAAGGUUGUUCCAAAGUCACUCAGUGAAACACACAGCACAGGGAAGGCAAAAAUUGUUGAGUCAAUGUAACAUGCAUGUGUAAAUACAUAUAUAUGCAGUGCUGGGUGUACAGGUGUAGGUAUAUGGGUGUACCUGUAGGAUAUACGCAUGUACACACACACAGAUACGGUCAGGUUAGUGAAGUCCUCUGUGUGUAUAAAGUAAAACUGCUCGAGGAACAGUGAAGAAUAGGACUUAAUGCUGUGCCUACUUGCUUGGCACCUGAGCUGGGCUCUCGUGAAGUUGGAUGCAGAAAGGUAGAGACCCUGUUCCUGUAUGUGUAUGGACUGAAAUGUGUAGAAUGGGUCUGAAAUGGUCGGGGUUGGAACUUUUGUUCUUUUUGAGCUUUGUGUGUUGCCCGGGGUGAUUUCGCUUAAGAAAAGGGAGGCAGAUGGGAGACGGAUCCAUCAGCAGGGAGCAGCAGAGGCUAACUUUAUAGGUAGUCUGGCAUAGCAGUCCUGCAUUUUUAGGCAGCUCUCUGGUGCUGCGGCCAUUUGGAGUGGCAGUUCCUGGCCUUCAUGUGCUUGGUGGUGAGGGAUUUUGCUGUUGUGUCUGAGCUUAGAGAGGCUUGAGGAGAGCAAGGUCACUUUGUCCUGAUCCACUGAUUCCACUCAUGUUGUACACUAGCUGCUGGAGUGUUCAGAUGAGGUGAAGAUGAGGUGUUUCAGGCACAUGAGCAUGCUCAGUGUUAGGAUUUACAGCACUCGCUUUGAAAGCAGCAGGGUUGGUCUCGCAUUGUCCGAGAGCUGUCAGGCUUAGGUCCGCAGUCGUGGUGGGGAGGUUUCUCUGUUGGAACUGUCCCUGUGGCGAGUGAGCAUCUGUGAGAGGAGCGCCUGCCCAGGAGCACAGAGGCUGCCUGCAGCACUCCGGCUCCCCAGCAUUCUGUGAGCAUAGCUGGCAGGCUCUGGAGAAGCACUGAGUGUGCGUACAGCUGAGCUGAGGAAGUGGGAGGGCUUUAGGUAGCUCUGGCACCCGCCUUGAAACCGCCUCCUGCCAUGCCCUGCCUGGCUUUCCCAGGCAGGAGCCCUUGCUGGCAGGUAAAUCUUCUGAAGCAUCCCGCCAGCGCCCUGCCAGCCUGUGGCAUUGUGGAAAGUGCUGUCAGAGAUGAAGCAGCAGGCUGCUUGCACCUUUGCCGUGGUGGUGGACAGCAUUUCUCAGGAUGGGGCAGUGUCAGCACUGGCUCUGCGGCACUCCUGCUGUGGGCAGCCCCGCUUCUCGGCAGUGGGUUUCACUUCUGUUGGGUUUUCUCUUUGAAGAGACAUCUGUGGAGGUGAGGCAUCAUGCACCUGUGGUAAGAUGUGGCAUGGCCUGUGUGCAUGUGGUUUCUGUUGCAGAGCUGACAUGCCCCCAUGGUCACUGGUGCAGAGAUGCUGGUUUGUGUGAGAGAAGAGCUCACCACCAGUUUGUGGUGGUGAGCCACCUGGCAUGACUGUGGGGCACCAGUGGAGGGAGCUGGGCACCAGGAUGGGGUGGCGGGUCCCUGCCCCGCUUCUGGUGGCAGUCCUGGCCCUGCAGGCAGCGAGGUUGGCUAGUUGCCUUGUAGUCCUGCUCCCCUUCUGGCCACGUGGUCUCUUUUGACUGUCCAGCAGGGCCAGCCCAUGCACAGGGGCUGGUGCUCCUUCAGCUUUUUCCACCCAUGGCAUGCCCCGUAUGUCUCAUACCACCCUAUGCUUGCAUGGCAGGACCAGGAUUCUGCAAGUCUACCCCAGAGGUGUCAAAGCCUGCAAAGAUGAGCCACUGAGCUGCUGAACCCUUGCUUGUCUGGGGAGGGAGGUUGUAUAGUAAAAGUCAAUAUUUUUUAGCCUGUCUAAAAAUGCCUUCUUUUUUUUUCCUUUUGGGAUGGGGAAGCCUAUAGGUGAAGAUGCAGGAGCCUGAGCUUAUUGCAAAAACACUGCGAGCUGUUCUUCAUCCCUUUAAAAGUGGUGUACCUUUGUCAGAGCUUCAGGGUGAAUACAAAUCUCUGACUGGUGAGUGGAUUCCCUUCAGGCACUUAGGAUAUGGCACAUUGGAAGGCUACUUGGAGAGCAUCCCAGGAGUGGUCAGAAUGGAAGGGAGCAAAAUGGGAGAGGUCAUUUGCCAUGCUGUUGCUUGCAGCGAGACUGAGCCAAUUGCUCAGCUGGUGGCCCGGCAGAGGAGUUCCAAGAGGAAGACGGGACGGCAAGUGAACUGCCAAAUGAGGCUGAAGAACACGUCCCCAGUCAAGCUGGCGGGAAAGCCCAAAGGAACUUUGAGACAGCCCAGGUCUUUGAGCGUGCCAGAAGAAGGCAGCAAGAGGCCUGUUCCUCGCUUGCCACGAAGCAGAGGAGUGGCGGGUGGCGUGGUGAAACCCACUGUGGAGAGUGCCCGUCUUGCCUUGUCACCAGGUGCUGGGAGUGGACCACCUAAAGAAAUGCCCAUGCAGAGACACGUUACUGUGGUCAACAGGCCUGAGAAAAGACUAACUGUCCCACCACGAUUUCAAAAGGAGUUGCAAGUCCACCUGUCCAGAAGCUCUUCUGUAGAUUCAAAUGAUAACUUGAAUACAUCCCCUGCGGAGACACAUACUGUUGCCUCUGGCCCUUCUGCUGCUCCUGUGAGUGAAAUUCAAGGUCGCAUAAAGGAGAUUCUGAGCAAGUGCAGCAGCGGUGUCUGGGUGUCAAAGAUGCCACAGAUCUACCGGGAAACAUACUGGGAGGAGCUCAGCACAGCAGUGCUCCGUCAGCUUGAGAACUGGCCUCAUGUGUGCACAGUGGAGAAAGUACACAGAGGUGAUCAGGUGGAUGGGCUUCUUUAUCCUGCUGAGAAAAUAACACCAACAGCAAAAAGUGAUACAGAGCAACACAAAGCAUCUCAGAAUGUUACUUCUUCGAAAGCAGACCCCUUGUUAAAACCAAGUAUGGAGAGCACGCCUGCAUCACUGAGUAGUGACUUCAAGCAGAAAAUUGUCAACAUUUUGCUGAAAUAUUCUAGCGGUCUUUGGGCUAAUGCACUUCCCAAAUUGUACCAGGACACCUACCAAGUAAAAUUUCCAGAAGACAUUCUAAAUAAUCUAGAGCUGCUCUCAGAUAUAUGUAUAGUGGACUAUGUAUCUGAAAUCCCCAAAAAGGCCAUCCUCUAUGCAAAACCCCAAAGAUUCAUUGACCCAAAUCUGAAUGUCACUGAGAGAGUCCAGAGGCAUGGUGGUAUGAAAGCUACAGCUGAACAACAGUAUGAAGAAUCCAAGGACCAUUAUCCAGAAAACAUAACUGUUCCUCCUUUAACCAUUCCAUCGGAAGGAUCUGUGUCCAUCAUGGUGUUGGAACUCAAAAACACUAAUGAGGUCCUAAUUAGGUAUGUGGGCAAAGAUUAUUCUUCUGCCCAGGAGCAAAUGGAAGAUGACAUGAAAGCAUACUAUAGUCAGAAUAGUAAAGUGUCACUAGCGCAAUCUUUGAGCGUUGGGCAACUUGUUGCAGUACAUGCUGAAGAAGAUGCCUGGUUGCGUGCUCGGAUAAUUUCUCUAGAAGACAACAGAAUAAAGGUAUGCUAUGUUGAUCAUGGCUUCAGUGACUUUGUUGAAAGCAACAGUGUGUACAAACUACAGAAACAGUUUUAUUCACUUCCAUUUCAAGCUGCAAAAUGUAAACUGGCAGGACUGGAAGUCUUCUGUGAUGAUCCUGGCCUAGUGAAGGCUGUGGAGUUGCAGACAUGCUCCAAGAUAUUUGCUGUGGAAAUACUGGAAAAGAGUGACAUUCCUCUUCUUGUUCUCUACGACACUUCUGGAGAAGAUGAUAUCAACAUCAAUGCUACUUGUCUGAAGUCAUUGUAUGACAAGUCUCUUGAAUUGCACCUACAGGUAGAUGCACUGUAUACACAUGUCAGAGUAACCAGCGUUUUCUCUGACGGAAGUCUGUAUUGCCAAGUGCCAUCUAAAGGCAUGUCCAGACUUUCUGAAAUCUUGCAGAAACUGGAAGACUAUUUCCGUUACAAGCAGACAUCCGAGUUUAAUGUAUCGCUGCCUUUCUGUGGCAAAAUCUGCUUGUUUCCUUCUAAAGGAAAAUGGGCACGUGUAGAGAUAAGAAUUAUUCACACUAGACGGGCACUUGAUGUGCAGUUCAUGGAUACUGGAACAGUUGCAACUGUAAAAGUAUCAGAGCUUAGAGAAAUCCCACCACAAUUCCUGAGAGAAGUAAUUGCAAUACCUCCUCAGGCUUUAAAAUGCUGCCUAGCAGAUUUACCUCCUAACACUGGCAUGUGGACUCCAGAUGCUGUACUCUGGCUGAGAGACACUGUAAUGAAUUGUCCUGAAUUUAGCAUGAAGGUGGUUAAACAGGAUGGUUCAAAGGGAAUUGCACACGUUUACUUGUUUGCUCCAGAGAAUUUCCCAGACAUGGAUCAUAGCAUCAAUCGACAGAUCAAAAAUGCAGACUUGUGGAGACAUCAGAAAGAUGUUUUCUUGAGUGUUACACCCAGUGGCACUAGCUCCCCAAAAAUGACAAGUGAUGCUGCUUCGGCUCUACGGGUAGCUAGUGGAAGGCUGGAGAAGAGUUUCUCAGAUUCACCCAGAGAACCCAGCAGUGCAGUGUCCAUGAUUGAUGUGCCUCCACCUCUACCUUUGUUAAAGACUGGUGAGCUCAUGGAUGUCUAUGUUUCAGUGGCCUGCCAUCCAGGUCACUUUAUUAUCCAGCCUUGGAAGGAGCUACAUAAUCUGGAAGCCCUAAUGGAAGAAAUGCUCUUGUACUACAGCCGGGCAGAAGAGAAACCUGUGAACAUUGAAAAAAACAAGUUAUACGCAGCUAAAAUUGAAAAUCAGUGGUACAGGGUUGUAAUAAAAGGAAUUCUUAGGAAUGGGUUUUUGUCAGUGUAUGAGCUGGACUAUGGUAAACAUGAGUUUGUCAGCAUAGAGAAAGUACGACCACUUGUGGAUACAUUCAGAAAGCUGCCUUUCCAAGCUACAACAGCUCAGCUUGCAGGAGUGAAAAGCCAGCAGUGGUCAGAAGAGGCAUCAAUAGUGUUUCGGAAUCUUGUAGAGAAGAAACCCUUGGUGGCACAAAUACAGGCAGUUAACGAAAGCACUAACUCUUGGGAUCGAAGGAUAGUGACUUUUCUCGUGGACACAUCUCUUCCGGAUACUGAUAUUUGGAUUCAUGAUUUUGUGUCUGAAAGUCUUGUGGAAUUUUCAAAGGAUGAUUAAUCAUCACUUCUGAAAUGUAGCAGCUCAGAUUCUUUAGCAAUAAAAUAAAUAACAGGCUUUGAAGAGAAAUAUAAGUAUUAUAUGGCCUUGAAGACAUGAAGGUGAUGAAAAUUAAUCUGUGUUCUGUGAAAAGGGUUUAAGAAGUUUAGGUUCUGCUGACUUCAGCUGACAUUCUGACAAUUUGCACUUUGUUUACCAUUGUAAUGCUAGAAUGUUUGGGUGAAAAUAUUAAAAAGUUAUUUAUCAAUAAAAUAA